AUGUCAGAAAUUGUCAUGCAGAGACAAGAAAUGGCCAAUCGACACAGACAAGAGGCUGACUUGGAAAAGACACAUCUUAUAGAACUAAAGGCAGAGCAGAAGCAAGACAGAGAGGAUCUGGAUAGAAAGAGUGAGAUGAUGAACAAGGAGAAACUGGACUUGGAGCUGAUGAGGUCUGACAUUCUGAAACAAAGUGACAUAUUAGAACAAGUGAUACAAGAUAUAGAAGAGGAAAAAGACAAACUGGAAAUCACAAAGACUGAGCUAAAAAAGCAGAAUGAACAUGCAGACAGUCAGUUUGAUGAGAUCAACAGACAGAAAACCAACAUUAAAGAUCUGACCCUUCAGCUUCAGACAGAAAGAGACAAACUUGACAAUGUCAUGAACAGGAUUACCUUAAAACAAGAACAACAACAACUCAAGGAAGAAGAGUUCAAAAGACAAACACAAGAAGUGGAAACCAGUAAGAACAGUUUACUGGUAGAAAGAGAAGAACUGGAACUUUUGAGGAAGGAUCUCAACAGGAAGAAAGAAGAGGUUGAAGCUGCCACGAUCACCAUUAGUGGAGAGAGGGAACAACUCAAUGAGAUGAAGAUUAGUACUGACAAUGACAGACGAAUGCUCGAGAAAGAAAAGGACAGAAUGGAAGGAGAAAGGUCUGAGGUGAAAAUGAGAGAAGAUCAACUCUUGAAUGAAUUGAAAUCCCUAGAAUAUCUGAGGGAAAAGCUGCAACAGUUGGAUGAAAGGAUGAGUGAAGACGUGAAAAACAAAAUCAUGAGACUGGAGCAAAACAAUGAAGACUUAUUAAAACUGUUGAGUGUUUUGGGGCAAAAGCAUGAGGCUCUGGAUAAACUGAAGGAAAAUAUGUCAUCUUACACUGAGAUAUUACAAAGAGAAAGAGAAUGUUUGAAGAGUACGAUGUCAGAAAUUGUCAUGCAGAGACAAGAAAUGGCCAAUCGACAGAGACAAGAUGCUGAGUUGGAAAAGACACAUCUUAUAGAACUAAAGGCAGAGCAGAAGCAAGACAGAAAGGAUCUGGAUAGAAAGAGUGAGAUGAUGAACAAAGAGAAACUGGACUUGGAGCUGAUGAGGUCUGACAUUCUGAAACAAAGUGACAUAUUAGAACAAGUGAUACAAGAUAUAGAAAAAAAAAAAGACAAACUGGAAAUCACAAAGACUGAGCUACAAAAGCAGAAAGAACAUGCAGACAGUCAGUUUGAUGAGAUCAACAGACAGAAAAUCAACAUUAAAGAUCUGACCCUUCAGCUUCAGACAGAAAGAGACAAACUUGACAAUGUCAUGAACAGGAUUACCUUAAAACAAGAACAACAACAACUCAAGGAAGAAGAGUUCAAAAGACAAACACAAGAACUGGAAACCAGUAAGAACAGUUUACUGGUAGAAAGAGAAGAACUGGAACUUUUGAGGAAGGAUCUCAACAGGAAGAAAGAAGAGGUUGAAGCUGCCACGAUCACCAUUAGUGGAGAGAGGGAACAACUCAAUGAGAUGAAGAUUAGUACUGACAAUGACAGACGAAUGCUCGAGAAUGAAAAGGACAGAAUGGAAAGAGAAAGGUCUGAGCUGAAAAUGAGAGAAGCUCAACUCUUGAAUGAAUUGAAAUCCCUAGAAUAUCUGAGGGAAAAGCUGCAACAGCUGGAUGAAAGGAUGAGUGAAGACGUGAAAAACAAAAUCAUGAGACUGGAGCAAAACAAUGAAGACUUAUUAAAACUGUUGAGUGUUUUGGGGCAAAAGCAUGAGGCUCUGGAUAAACUGAAGGAAAAUAUGUCAUCUUACACUGAGAUAUUACAAAGAGAAAGAGAAGGUUUGAAGAGUACGAUGUCAGAAAUUGUCAUGCAGAGACAAGAAAUGGCCAAUCGACACAGACAAGAGGCUGAGUUGGAAAAGACACAUCUUAUAGAACUAAAGGCAGAGCAGAAGCAAGACAGAGAGGAUCUGGAUAGAAAGAGUGAGAUGAUGAACAAGGAGAAACUGGACUUGGAGCUGAUGAGGUCUGACAUUCUGAAACAAAGUGACAUAUUAGAACAAGUGAUACAAGAUAUAGAAGAGGAAAAAGACAAACUGGAAAUCACAAAGACUGAGCUACAAAAGCAGAAAGAACAUGCAGACAGUCAGUUUGAUGAGAUCAACAGACAGAAAACCAACAUUAAAGAUCUGACCCUUCAGCUUCAGACAGAAAGAGACAAACUUGACAAUGUCAUGAACAGGAUUACCUUAAAACAAGAACAACAACAACUCAAGGAAGAAGAGUUCAAAAGACAAACACAAGAACUGGAAACCAGUAAGAACAGUUUACUGGUAGAAAGAGAAGAACUGGAACUUUUGAGGAAGGAUCUCAACAGGAAGAAAGAAGAGGUUGAAGCUGCCACGAUCACCAUUAGUGGAGAGAGGGAACAACUCAAUGAGAUGAAGAUUAGUACUGACAAUGACAGACGAAUGCUCGAGAAAGAAAAGGACAGAAUGGAAGGAGAAAGGUCUGAGGUGAAAAUGAGAGAAGCUCAACUCUUGAAUGAAUUGAAAUCCCUAGAAUAUCUGAGGGAAAAGCUGCAACAGUUGGAUGAAAGGAUGAGUGAAGACGUGAAAAACAAAAUCAUGAGACUGGAGCAAAACAAUGAAGACUUAUUAAAACUGUUGAGUGUUUUGGGGCAAAAGCAUGAGGCUCUGGAUAAACUGAAGGAAAAUAUGUCAUCUUACACUGAGAUAUUACAAAGAGAAAGAGAAUGUUUGAAGAGUACGAUGUCAGAAAUUGUCAUGCAGAGACAAGAAAUGGCCAAUCGACAGAGACAAGAUGCUGAGUUGGAAAAGACACAUCUUAUAGAACUAAAGGCAGAGCAGAAGCAAGACAGAGAGGAUCUGGAUAGAAAGAGUGAGAUGAUGAACAAAGAGAAACUGGACUUGGAGCUGAUGAGGUCUGACAUUCUGAAACAAAGUGACAUAUUAGAACAAGUGAUACAAGAUAUAGAAGAGGAAAAAGACAAACUGGAAAUCACAAAGACUGAGCUACAAAAGCAGAAAGAACAUGCAGACAGUCAGUUUGAUGAGAUCAACAGACAGAAAAUCAACAUUAAAGAUCUGACCCUUCAGCUUCAGACAGAAAGAGACAAACUUGACAAUGUCAUGAACAGGAUUACCUUAAAACAAGAACAACAACAACUCAAGGAAGAAGAGUUCAAAAGACAAACACAAGAACUGGAAACCAGUAAGAACAGUUUACUGGUAGAAAGAGAAGAACUGGAACUUUUGAGGAAGGAUCUCAACAGGAAGAAAGAAGAGGUUGAAGCUGCCACGAUCACCAUUAGUGGAGAGAGGGAACAACUCAAUGAGAUGAAGAUUAGUACUGACAAUGACAGACGAAUGCUCGAGAAUGAAAAGGACAGAAUGGAAAGAGAAAGGUCUGAGGUGAAAAUGAGAGAAGCUCAACUCUUGAAUGAAUUGAAAUCCCUAGAAUAUCUGAGGGAAAAGCUGCAACAGCUGGAUGAAAGGAUGAGUGAAGACGUGAAAAACAAAAUCAUGAGACUGGAGCAAAACAAUGAAGACUUAUUAAAACUGUUGAGUGUUUUGGGGCAAAAGCAUGAGGCUCUGGAUAAACUGAAGGAAAAUAUGUCAUCUUACACUGAGAUAUUACAAAGAGAAAGAGAAUGUUUGAAGAGUACGAUGUCAGAAAUUGUCAUGCAGAGACAAGAAAUGGCCAAUCGACAGAGACAAGAUGCUGAGUUGGAAAAGACACAUCUUAUAGAACUAAAGGCAGAGCAGAAGCAAGACAGAGAGGAUCUGGAUAGAAAGAGUGAGAUGAUGAACAAAGAGAAACUGGACUUGGAGCUGAUGAGGUCUGACAUUCUGAAACAAAGUGACAUAUUAGAACAAGUGAUACAAGAUAUAGAAGAGGAAAAAGACAAACUGGAAAUCACAAAGACUGAGCUACAAAAGCAGAAAGAACAUGCAGACAGUCAGUUUGAUGAGAUCAACAGACAGAAAACCAACAUUAAAGAUCUGACCCUUCAGCUUCAGACAGAAAGAGACAAACUUGACAAUGUCAUGAACAGGAUUACCUUAAAACAAGAACAACAACAACUCAAGGAAGAAGAGUUCAAAAGACAAACACAAGAACUGGAAACCAGUAAGAACAGUUUACUGGUAGAAAGAGAAGAACUGGAACUUUUGAGGAAGGAUCUCAACAGGAAGAAAGAAGAGGUUGAAGCUGCCACGAUCACCAUUAGUGGAGAGAGGGAACAACUCAAUGAGAUGAAGAUUAGUACUGACAAUGACAGACGAAUGCUCGAGAAUGAAAAGGACAGAAUGGAAGGAGAAAGGUCUGAGGUGAAAAUGAGAGAAGCUCAACUCUUGAAUGAAUUGAAAUCCCUAGAAUAUCUGAGGGAAAAGCUGCAACAGCUGGAUGAAAGGAUGAGUGAAGACGUGAAAAACAAAAUCAUGAGACUGGAGCAAAACAAUGAAGACUUAUUAAAACUGUUGAGUGUUUUGGGGGGGGCAAAGCAUGAGGCUCUGGAUAAACUGAAGGAAAAUAUGUCAUCUUACACUGAGAUAUUACAAAGAGAAAGAGAAUGUUUGAAGAGUACGAUGUCAGAAAUUGUCAUGCAGAGACAAGAAAUGGCCAAUCGACAGAGACAAGAUGCUGAGUUGGAAAAGACACAUCUUAUAGAACUAAAGGCAGAGCAGAAGCAAGACAGAGAGGAUCUGGAUAGAAAGAGUGAGAUGAUGAACAAAGAGAAACUGGACUUGGAGCUGAUGAGGUCUGACAUUCUGAAACAAAGUGACAUAUUAGAACAAGUGAUACAAGAUAUAGAAGAGGAAAAAGACAAACUGGAAAUCACAAAGACUGAGCUACAAAAGCAGAAAGAACAUGCAGACAGUCAGUUUGAUGAGAUCAACAGACAGAAAACCAACAUUAAAGAUCUGACCCUUCAGCUUCGACAGAAAGAGACAAACUUGACAAUGUCAUGA